GUUUCCGUACUUCCCCCGUUCCUUCUCUGCUCUCCGAUCUCCUCCCCUGUUUUCACUGCCUACCUACUGAAUUUCGAAAACCUAGCGGAGAACCGCUACUGAACGGCGUCGUAAUGGAAGCUCAUGGCGCCGGAUUCCGGCGAGUGUUUCUUUUGGCAUUCUGCGUCGUCGGUAUCUGGUCUGCCUACAUUUAUCAAGGCGUUCUUCAAGAAACUCUGUCAACCAAGCGAUUUGGUCUAGAUGGGAAGAGGUUUGAGCACCUUGCAUUUCUUAACUUGGCGCAAAAUGUGGUUUGUUUAGUUUGGUCUUAUAUAAUGAUAAAGCUUUGGUCUAGUAGUAGCAGUGGUGGAGCUCCUUGGUGGACUUUCUGGAGUGCUGGCAUCACAAACACAAUUGGUCCAGCAAUGGGUAUAGAGGCAUUGAAAUACAUAAGCUACCCAGCUCAGGUCCUGGCAAAAUCCUCAAAAAUGAUUCCAGUCAUGCUAAUGGGCACUCUGGUUUAUGGCAUACGAUACACUUUUCCUGAGUAUCUUUGUUCUUUCCUCGUUGCUGGUGGAGUAUCUACAUUUGCACUUUUGAAGACUAGCUCAAAAACAAUAAGCAAGUUGGCGCAUCCAAAUGCCCCUCUUGGAUAUGGGCUUUGUUUCUUGAACCUUGCAUUCGAUGGAUUUACAAAUGCCACUCAGGAUUCAAUUAACACAAGUUCCCUUGUAUUGUUCUGCCAUUCAAUUCCCUAAGAAUAUUUUUGAGAGUAACAGCUCAGUGGUGGUUCUUUGAAUGGAGAAAUAUUGUUCAUCUAAAACUUCAUUUAUCUGGAAAGGUGUUAGAGACGUUUAAUUAGUUUAGAUACCUAAAAUACCAGUUUUGCAAUUGCAUAGGAAUUUUGCUUCUUAGUAUCCAUACACCACCUCUUCUCUCUUUGUUGGCUGCUUGCACUCAUUGGCAUGCACAAACAGAUGCUUGAAAAGAACAUCACUUUUGCAUUUCUUCAAGUAGCAAUGAAUAAUGUUUGGAACAAUAAUACGAACCGUCCUGUAGAAUAGGACAGAUUUGGGGCUUGCAAUAAAGAGUGACUGAUUCUAGAAUCUUUUGCUAGCCUGGUUUGCCAAAGCUGAGGAGAAUUGUACUAUGGUUUAAGUGUUGAGUACUUUUUCUUUUGCUUCUAGUUAUUUCCUUCUGAUAUGCAGAAUUUUGUUGUCAGAUUUACCUUCCAUGGUUUACAAAAUUCUCAACAAGUUGGUAUGCUUUUUAGAUGAUAUAGUUAAAAACUUAAAAUCUAUGUUAUGUAUCUCAAUGACAUGAUAUUUACUUUUCAUAGGUACCCACAGACGACAGCUUGGGGUAUUAUGCUGGGAAUGAACUUAUGGGGUACCAUAUACAACUUGAUCUACAUGUUUGGCUGGCCACAUGGUAGUGGUUAUGAGGCAGUCCAGUUCUGCAAGCAGCACCCAGAGGCUGCAUGGGACAUUUUCCUGUAUUGCCUCUGUGGCGCUGUGGGCCAGAACUUCAUCUUUCUAACUAUUAGCCGAUUUGGCUCUCUUGCAAACACAACUAUUACCACAACACGCAAGUUUGUCAGCAUUGUGGUGUCUUCUCUUCUUAGUGGCAAUCCACUUUCUACAAAGCAAUGGGGCUGUGUUAUUAUGGUCUUCUCAGGGUUGUCAUACCAGAUCUAUCUGAAGUGGAGGAAGAUGCAAAGGCAGCAGAAGAAGAGAAAGGCCUGAAAAUGGCCUGUUGCAGUUUUGAAUUUCACCUUUUAUCAUUUUCUUGUAUUGCUACUGCUGCCGUAUUAUAUAACAUGUACCCUUUAGCUUUUUAUCCUUUUUGGCCAGAAUUGUACCCCAAAGGUUCAAUGGUCUCUAAUUUAGAUACUAAGAAGUUCAUAGAUGUAAUUCAACAGAGAUUUAAUUCAAAUUAUGAAAAAAAAAAAAAAUCUAUU